GCAAAAACUCAGACAGAUCUCGGUCAACUAUAAAAUGGUCUUCAAUUCUUCUACAAACUCUCAGCAAGCAUGAAAUGAUGGGUUUUUUAUUCAAUGAAGACCCUGUUGAACAAAUAAUCGAGAAAUUUCCCCAGAUUAGGUCGAUGCAAAUUAUUGCAUCACCAAACGAGCGAACUAGUGAAAUCAGACCCAUUGAUGGUAAAAGUAAUAGAAGCAGCUCGCGUAAUUCGUCGCAGGAUUUGGAAACACCUUUAGAUGACAACAAUGCAAGCAACCUCGCAAUCUCCUAUUCUAUUGAGUUUCCGGAGAUUGGUAGCGAAUUUGAUGUUCUUCCAAGUACCUCCAAAGGUAUGCAGAAAAUGAGCAUUGACAAUUUGACCGAGCUUAAAACCGUCAAAGGGUUGACGUUGCCGAUAGAAAACAUAGCAGAUGAAACCGGUCAGGUUACCAGAAACGAAGAUGAUACAAGCGAUGCUGAAUGCGAAGAAAAAGUCGAAAGCAGUCAAACUGAAAUAGAAGAGUUCGAAAAUUUUGAAUCUGACCAAGAGGACCAUUCGGAAACUAAGGAGCCGCCGAAAGACCUUAGACAAAGAUCAUUUAGUUGCUUUGACAAAAUAACCAAGGAAACUGAAAUAGAAGAGAUUGAAUUAAGUUUGCCCUUUAAAGACCUUAACCAGGGAUCUACUAGUUACUUUGACAAAAUUAACAAUCAGAACGAAAGCUCUUCCGGACUUGUUUCUGGUUCCAGUACUCAUAAUCUUGGAUUCGAUGGUCAAAAAACAUCUGCUGAAUGCCUUGCUGAUUCUAAAGAUAGCCACGGCAGCAAAAACAAUAAUUGUGCGAAUAGUCACAGCCUCUUUGACGAUCAAACUAAAAAUGAAACCUCUGGCGAGAAACAAAUGGGUAAAGACAUUUUUAACCAAUGCAACUGUGUCGCCGGAACAAGUAAAAGUGAUAAUGCGCAAAAAAUGUUGAAACGUGAAGAUAAAAUUUCCAUUUCCCCAGCAGUGGUUAGCACUAAACAAAAACAUAUUAUGAUCAGCUACUGCCACAAGCAAAAAGAUCUAGCAUUCAAAUUGCUAGAAGAACUUCGCAAGUCUGGGUUCACAGAUAUCUGGAUAGAUAAAGAGAAUGUGCACAAAGGAAUAGACAUUCUAGAUGAUAUGGCCAACGCGGUUGACAACUCAUGUGCUGUUUUAUGUCUGUUGUCAAAUGAUUACCAUAAGAGCAAAAACUGCAUGUGUGAAAUAAGAUAUGCCAGAAAUCGGGAGACAACUUUUAUACCUUUGAUUGCAGAAGCCAAUUUCAUUCCGGAAGCAGAUCUACUCAUGUGUAUUGGGAACAGAUUCCGGUUUGACUUAUCAACUGAUGAUCAGUUCUCUGGAAAUUAUCACUUGCUGGAAGAAAAACUGAAAUCACUAUGAAAAUCCUUCAAUAAAGAAAUCCAAGUUAUUGUAAAAUUGUUUUUUUAUAUAUAUAUUUACUUAUUUACAAAAACUACUAUAAUGCAAUCAAAAAUAUUUCACUUGCUUUGAAAUAAUUUA